UUGUUAAUUGCUCGUCUUUCGCACUUGUUCUUUUCCAAUUUACAACUAAUGUCUAACGGGGCUCCAAUUAAAAGUACAUUUUUGGUGAUUAACUGUGUAAAGUAAUAUUUAAAUCAGAGAGAAUAUUGUGACUUAUUUUACACAGGGUCCAUAUCAAUAUUUAAGUGUUUUAAAACGACUCCUUCACCAUGUGACGCCUUCCUCCUAACUGGGGUCAGAAACAUCAGAUGGCAUCGGCAGAAAAGAAUUCUUACCUCCUGUUACCUCAUCACAACAAGGUUAAUGGAAGAUGUCAUACAGAACAGAUAUAACCCUCUUUAUAUAAAUCUGUGGUGAAUUACUGUGAAAUAUUUCUUCUGAAAUGGGAUUAAAAGGGAAAUUCCUCAGCUUCCUUGUCUGAGCACCUACACACACAUAUACACACACGGCAGUAACUUCCGCCUACCGAAUCCACUCACAAAGCUUCGGUCGACUCGGGGCUAUAGUGGAAGACACCUGCCCAAAGUGCCACGCAGUGGGACUGAACCCGAAACCAUGUAGCUAGGAAGCAAGCUCCCUAACCACACAGCCAUGCCCAGUUUGGGUAAGUUUACGUAGGAGUUCACAGCAUCUUUAUAAAGCAACAAAGAUCUCAGUUGAUGGAAAUAUUGCAGAGAAAUAUCAAUGUGACUAAAAAUAUGUACAUAUGAAGAAAACAGUAAAUACACCCCUCAAUGUCCAUGUUUUCUGGUGAUAAAGGAGGAACCAUAGAAAAAUAAAUUUAGUGAGAAACUGAAAGGAUUAUUAUAAUUUCUUGAGAGAUGCCGAAAGUAACAGAAAAGCCAUAUGGCUGUGAUAUCUGUAACAAGAGCUUCUCUCAAAAAUAUGAUCUCAAAACUCACAGACGCAUUCACACGGGAGAGAAGCCAUAUCACUGUGAUGUCUGUGGUAAAUCUUUCCCAAAGAGUGAUGCCUUGACAAUACAUGUUCGCGUUCAUACAGGGGAGAAACCUCAUCACUGUGACAUCUGUGGUAAAUCGUUUUCUGUAAGUAGUGGCUUAACUAGACACAAACGUACUCACACAGGGGACAAACCAUAUCACUGUGAUAUCUGUGAUAGAAAAUUCUCACAAACUGAUUUCUUAACAAGACACAAACGUACUCACACAGGAGAGAAACCAUAUCACUGUGAUAUCUGUGGUAAAUUAUUUUCUCAGGCCGGAUGCUUAUCUAGGCACAAAUGCCUUCAUGCACGAUAAAAACCAUAUCACUGCGAGGUUCCUGGCGAAUUGUUCUCUUUUGGAGCUUUUCUGAAAUUAACACAAAACGCAUUCAUUCAGGUAAGCAUCAUCAUCAGAGCAACAUUUGUGAUAUACCUCUUGUGGUGGUGAUUUAGCUAAACACAAGCAUUUUCAUAGAGACAGAGAAGAAAUAAUAAUAAUAAUAAUAAUAAUUUAUUUCUUUGUUGCCCACAAGGGGACAAACAAAGGGAUUAAGUCGAUUACAUCGACCCCAGUGCGUAACUGGUACUU